UUCCCCUGCUUUCCUCCCUCCCUCCCACCACCCUCUCUCUCCCUGGACCUCGGGCAAGAGCCAUUUCCCAGGCCGUGACGCGGGCGCUCGACUCCUUCUCCGCAACGAGGAGGCGGGAGCUGCUCACUCGCCCCGAGCCGAAGCGAGGCGAUGCUGGGACUCGGGAGGGAACCGGCGCGGCGCUGAGAGCGCGAGAGAUGUGCUGGCCCCGCGGCCCCGACAGCUUCAGGGGCUGCCUCCGACGCUGCUGCUGCUGCAGCCUCCGCGGCUGAGCCUGGCUUGGGUCGGUAGCCUAAUCCAUGGGUAAAGUUGGGAAGAUGUGGAACAGUUUCAAAUACAGAUGCCAGAAUCUCUUCAACCUUGAAGGUGGGAACAGAAGUGAAAAUGUAGAUGUGAACUCCAGUAGUUCAUCAGUUAAAGAAAGAAGCGUGUUUGUACCUGAUUCAGCUGAACAUCGACCAAGCAGCCCCAUAAGAGAUGUUUCUUUACAAUUGAGUCUAAAUCCUUCAAGAAGCUCUGCGAGGAAAAAUCAGAAUUGUGCCACCGAAAUCCCACAGAUUGUGGAAAUAAGCAUUGAAAAAGAGAGUGAUGUGGAUGUUGCCACAGGAUCUCGACUUGCACGAAGGGAUUCCUACUCACGGCAUGCACCUUGGGGUGGGAAGAAGAAACAUUCCUGCUCGACUAAAACACAGAGCUCCUUAGAGAAUGAUAAAAGAUUUGGCCGUUGUCGCUUGCAAAGGAGGGAAAGAAGAUACGGUGUGAGCUCCGUACAUGACACAGAUAGCAUCUCUAGUAGGACCAUAGGGGGACGUUCCCUGCGGCAGAGACUGCAGGAUACUGUUGGCUUAUGUUUCCCCAUGAGAACUUACAGCAAACAAUCCAAGCCUCUCUUUUCUAAUAAAAGAAAGAUUCAUCUCUCUGAACUAAUGCUCGAAAAAUGCCCCUUCCCUGCUGGAUCAGACUUAGCCCAAAAAUGGCAUCUAAUUAAGCAGCACACAGCCCCAGUGAGCCCACACUCUACUCUCUUUGAUGCAUUUGAUCCUUCUGUUGCUUCUCUAGAAGACGAAGAAGACCGGCUCAGAGAGAGACGGAGGCUCAGCAUUGAGGAAGGAGUUGAUCCGCCUCCUAAUGCUCAGAUACAUACAUUUGAAGCUACUGCACAGGUGAAUCCUUUAUAUAAACUGGGACCUAAGCUGGCUCCUGGCAUGUCUGAGCUGAAUGGAGACACGAAUUCAGUACCACAGGGAAGCUGUGACCUGGAGGAAGAUACGACAAUCCUCUGCUUGCAGUCACGCAGACAGAAGCAACGCCAGAUAUCUGGAGAGAGCCAUAGCCACAUCAGCAGGCAAGGAGUUUGGAAAGUACAUACUCAGAUUGAUUACAUACACUGCCUUGUGCCAGACUUACUUCAGAUCACUGGUAACCCUUGCUAUUGGGGUGUGAUGGACCGUUACGAGGCAGAAGCACUUUUGGAAGGAAAGCCAGAGGGCACUUUUUUGCUCAGGGAUUCUGCACAAGAAGACUACCUCUUCUCUGUGAGCUUCCGCCGUUACAAUCGCUCUCUCCAUGCACGCAUUGAGCAAUGGAACCACAACUUCAGUUUUGAUGCUCACGACCCCUGUGUGUUUCACUCCUCCACUGUCACAGGACUUCUAGAACACUACAAAGAUCCCAGCUCUUGUAUGUUUUUUGAACCAUUGCUUACAGCUUCCCUAAACAGGACUUUUCCUUUUAGUUUGCAAUACAUCUGCCGGGCCGUAAUCUGCAGGUCCACAUCCUAUGAUGGGAUUGACUGUCUCCCUUUGCCAUCAAUGCUGCAAGACUUUCUAAAGGAAUAUCAUUAUAAGCAAAAGGUUCGGGUGCGAUGGUUGGAGAGGGAACCAAUUAAGACAAAGUGAAUGGAGUUCAAAAACCCCAGUAAACUCACUAGGAUCUGUGCUUUUUUGUGCAUUACAGUAUAACUUCAGUAAGAACAUCGGUGUUCAGCUUUUUUUUUUGGCAGUGUUGUACUUAAGCUUAGUGUGUGUUAAGAUUGUCGGAUGCUACCUGCUAUUAAUCAAGCCUAGUUGUGAAUACCUCUUGAAAGAAUAUGCAGAACACAAAAAUUGCACAUUUUUUUUAAAUGCAGUCUUUUAGAUUAUAAUUUCCCAAUUCCAGGAUACUCUUCCUACCAUAAUUCCUGUAGUAAUUAUGUGAGGCAGCUAUUGGGCAUUGACUCUAAGUUCCAUUCAGUUUCAGAACAAAGUGGGUUUUCUUCUCCUCCUUUGGUUGUAUAUGAGCACUUGAAUACCAACAACUGUAGUCUAAUAUUGUUGCUUUCUCAGCAGAAACCACCUUUUUAAAAAAAGUUCAGGUUUUUCCUCCUAAACUAAUUUCUAAAUUAAAGCUUUUUUAAAGAUGAAAAAUAAUGAGCAACAAGGGAAACCAUGCUGUCACCUAGCAAUCAUGUCAUUCACGUGUUGGGUAUAUACAUGCAUCUACUCUAUAGCAAAACUUUGGUUCCAAAUAGGGUUGUCACCCAAUCAAAUACAUUUUACUCAAUAUGAGCUUUAAUACAUUAAUCAGUAAAAUCUAUAUACACUUUCACAUGAAUCUGAAGCUAUGCCUUUUCUUUAAAUGAUGGCAGGAACCAUUUAAAAAGCAUUCCCUGCUGUGGAACCGAGAAAGGGGAGUGACUUCACUAGGAUACCAGUCACCUGUAAUUUGUAAAAAUACUUAGCAACUUUAGAACACACAGAGGUUUCAGUAGCUGCCAACUAAGCCAUCUACAACUACUGAGUAUCACAGUUAAAAUUGAAUUUGUUCCAUGAUAAAGAAAAACAAAACCCUAGCCUAAUUGGAACUUCGUAUUAACUGAUUUUGAAUGGUUCAAAACAGUGGGGCUAUUCUCAUGAUUGCAGAAAAUUGGGCUAGCCUCCGCUAGCCCGAUUUUCUGCAAUCGUGAGAACCACUGGGCUUGGCUGCGAGCCUGGUGGUUCUAGAGCAGGUAACCCACUCAAGAACCCCUGCCCUAAAACCAGGUUUGCGGAGCGAGCGCUCCGCAAACCUGGUUUUGAAGAUCGUGAGUAGCUGUGGCAUGGUUUUGUGCUGCAUCUACUCACGAGGAGACCCCUGGAGGGGAGUUGAAAAGCUACCUCCUGGUUCCGGGGGUCUCGCCAGCAUGUGGGGGCCAAUCGGCCCCCACUCCCCCCAGCCCCCUCUGGCUCCGUCACGGAGCCGGCAAUCGUGUGGGCGGCCGAUCCAGCCGCCCAGGGCUCCAGCCAUGCUCGUGUGCGGGGAGAGUGGGCUUAGCCCGCUCUCCCCGCCCAGCGCCCCAAACCGGAUCUCACUGAUCGUGAGACCUGGCUCAGUAUUUUAACUGUUUAAAAACUGUAAUGGCCAUCUAGCCGAGUGACCACUUCAGGUUGUUCCAGAGUAGUUAACAUUCUAUCCCAUUUCAUCCCCUCCUCCACUCUACAUGAUGCACCAGAAUUAAAGCUUCAUUGGUACUGUUGUAUUGGUAAAGCGUGUAGCACUUUUUUUUUUUUUUUUGGUAGCUCAUAGGUCGUGUUCUCUUUCAGCAAUCUGGAAACUUGCUCCAUUUUUUUAAUUUGUGAACAGAACAUGAUCCGUUCUGUCCUUGCUGUGUUUGCACUAAAACUUGUGUUGGAGUAGAAUCCUUUGUUCUUGCUUACGUAUCUGGUACCCCUGAGUAGCACUCACUAGCUCUUUACCCAUUUGCUAUGGUAUAUUCCUCCUCCAUGGCAGUGACUGUGAGGUAGGGAAAUUCAAAGCUUGUAUACAAGAAAAGUUAUACUUGUAUGCCAAUGCUAACCAGUUUAUCUGGGUAUGUGUAUGUCUUUCCCCUGCUUGCUGUGCCUUGUUACAGCUUUUUGUGCUAAUAAAGUACAGUAUUUUCAGUGUUAUAUUUGUAUAUUUGCUCUUCUAUAUUUGCAUAGCUUCUCUUAUAGCAGUUAACCCAUCUGUGUGUUAAUAAGCUUUACGUUAUUUAGUAUAGUUUGCAUAAAUACUGUGCGGUUGAAUAAUUGCCUGUUAAGUCAUGAAAUCUCUCCAUAAAAUGCAGUUGUCCAGAACCCCAAAGGCUGAGCAUGGAUUCAUUUCACACAUAAGCAAACCCAGGUUUGCUACAGUACACCCAGCAGAACUAGGGCCACCCACAACUCCCUGACAAGUGUGCCUGUGGGAGAUGCACUGUUGCAUUCACACACAUUUUUUAUCCUAGGUGGAUACCAAAAAAGUCAAUGGGUAAAGUGGUCCUCAGAAAUCACUGCAAAUCCAUGGAUUAUCUGUAGUAAUAAGUGUACUCUGAUAUGCUUACUUAAUGGUUAUUUCAGACAUCACAAAUUAUGGACACAGAAAAUCCUUGAGAUACUAGUUUUUAUACAAUAUAUAGAGUAUUCCAUGUAUUCACAGCAAAAGGUUGCAAUUAUAGCACCUGUUUGCACACCUGUCCUCAAAUAUUGUUUCUCAAGAUACCUUCAUUCAAAGGUACUAGCUGUUCAGUGCCCCUGAAGGUAGGCAUCCUUUUUUUUUUUAACUUUAAGUGUCUCCCCAUUUAUUGUAACAUAUACUUUGAAAGCUGUUGUAUAAAACUUGUCACUUGAAGUGGCCCAAAGAUCAGCUGUUGAUCCUGGAUAAAAUUGGUUAGCUAUCUGCCAUAUAUUGCCGUGAUUAAGAGUACUGCUUAUAUUUUUCAUCUUAAAUCAGGCAAAACAUUUGCACUAGUGAAUUUGAAAGAGAUGUGCAUUGAAUUCAUUUCAAAGGAUCAGUGAAUAAAAAUAAAGUUCUGGAAACAUGGUUUCCACUAAAAGAUAGUAUCUUUUAAAAUAGGCAGCUUAAUUUGUUCAUAUUUUGAUAGUUGCAUUAGGUAUUGCUGUUGCAUUUUUAUCAGCACGUAAUUUUAACUUAUUGUACAUUGAGAUUUUAACCAAAUUCUAAUGUAUAAAAUGUACCUAAAAAUGAGCUCUGGUUUGGAAGCAAGCUGCAGUCAGUGGUGGAGUGGGCACUUGCCUCUCCUCUCAGCUCAUAACUGAGGCAGGUGUUCCACAUGGAGGCUUGUAUGUAUGAUUUCCUGAUUGAUAUUUCCUCCCUUAAAGAAGGAAAAGCUGCGUGCAUCGUGUUGUAUGUCUGGAGCUUACAUGUAGAGUAUCUGCCUUGUAUUACAUGGGGAGGGGCAUGUGUCCACUCCUUCACCUCACAAGGAGGAUUGCUGUCUUGUAAGGCUCUGGACCCAACUAGAGAUGUUUACCAAAGAGAGGGUGAAGGGACACAUCUUCUGCAUAAAACUUAUAAUCCAAACUAAAAUGAUUAAACCAAAGUAUCUUAAAUGUAGUAAUAUGCAAACCUACAAAUCGUGAACAUACCUGUAAUUUAGCAGAGUUGCUCACAAUUGUUUAGAGUAAAUGUAGAGACAAGAUACAGAAUUGUCCAGUCUCCUAAUUCAAGAUCAGAAGACUGCUGUACAUUGGAAAGCUAUUAAAAGGAGUUAAUUUUGACUCUGAGAGCACUUUAAAAAUAUUAGUUUUUGGAAAACUGAUUUAUCUCAAGGGUUCUCAAACUUGAGUCCCCAGAUGUUGGUUGAGCUCCCCAAAACUGAGAGUUUAUAGGAGCUGAAGUCUAACAACAUCUGAGGACUCAAGUUUGAGGGCUCCUGGAUUAUCCCAUAGAUUAGGGUCAGAAAAACACAAUUCAGAUUUUUUAAGAGCCAGAAUAGAGUUCUUGAGAUACCCAGAGGAAAUCCUAACCUGAUGUUAAUUGAUGUAUCAAAUGUGCUUUCAAAUGUUACCAGAAUUCCAGUGCAGAAUAUCUAACUUUUGUUCUGAACAUGUAAGUACUUCUCACUAAUGUUAAAUGUAAGCAUGUGAUAAUUGUUUGUGUGUGAGUAUGUGUAACUGAACAUGCAACUUUUUGGUUUAUAACUUGCUCUGAAACUAGCUGCUUACAUUAAAAAAAAAAAAAAAGUCACCAGCAUGAA